AAGCGCUCGUGGAUAUUGUGAAAUUGUGCUCAACUCUUACAGUUAUACAGUGCAUUUGCGUGUUGGGGAAAUGGCAGAGGCGGUCUGCCUCAGUGAUAGACAGUCGUGCACGAGGACGGAUGAUUUUCAAGAACAAGGUGAUAACAGGCCGUACCACGUUGCAAAGGACGACUUCGGGGCCCUCCACGCUGCUGUACAAGACACCACUCAGCUCUGCUGCCUUCCCUGCCCCGAGGACGACGACAGGCUGCCCCGAGGACGACACUGCAAGGGAUAGGGAGCCAGAGGCCGUGGUGGGGUCGAGGUGUAAGCGCCGUCCCUGGCGGGAGCAAACAACAACAAGAGCUCCGACCGUCACACCUUUACCACCCAACAACAAAAGGCAUGUCGAUGUUACCAGAACCCCACGAAGAUCGAGAUCGUCAGAAAUGGCAGCAGCCUAAAAACUCCAAUAAGUUAUUUCCCUCAAUCUCAAGAAUUGAGCUUGCAUUUUACUUUAUUUCAUUCUGGAGUGGAUGUUUUUACAGUCUCUACAGAUUUUAUCGCACUUCACAAAGAUGGGGCCAGUAUUUACCAGUUACUCCAAUACCUGACAGUUGGCUUGGGACACGGCAGGACCAGACAGACUUGGAGUGGUUCGUCUGGGUUCCUAUAAUACUCUCCUAUGCUCCCUGGGGAUUUGUACAUGUUGUUAUAUCACAGCUGAUUAGAAGAUUUUGUCCACAGCAUUUGUGUAACUUCUACAUUGGUUUUAGCGUCUGUAUAACUGUUCCCCUCAUUGGGAGAGUGGGCACAGCGCUGUGCUUUGCUGUGCCAUCCAUCAUGUUUGUGGUCCUCUUGACACGCCUCAAGCUCAUCAUUUGGCUCACAUGGUGUCUCAUACUCAUUCUUUUCAACACGCAGUUCUUCACCAACUAUGUGGAAUUCUGGGUAGAAGACAUCCCAGAAGGUGUAUACAAAGUGUCGGUGAUGGUAGCGUGGAUUAUCCUACGCAGCCUGAGCUUCAGCCUGGAAAUCUGCGAUACUGACCCAGAGAGUAAGCUGCGACCCGUUCCACUGCUGACUAUGCUGUUUGGAUACUGCCUCUACCUUCCAUUCCUGUGCACUGGGCCAUACAUGCCUUUUACCGACUUCAAGGCUGGGCUUGCAGAACCAUACCGAAUUUGGACACUAAGAAGAUUCAUUGGGGUUGGCCUUCAAAUUAUGAGAUUUUUAUGGUGGAUGGGAUUCACUCAGUUUCUCUUAUACCAGUUUUUUGCACACUCGCUGCACUUCACUCCAGAGCUUGUGAAGAAAAUGUCUUCCUGGUCGAUGGCUGGCUUUGUUUAUUUUCUCACUGCCUUCCUCCAGUUGAAAUAUGUUGUGCUGUAUGGGUUGCCAUCAGUGUUAGCUCGAGUAGAAGGCUACGACCCCCCGAGACAUCCUCGCUGCACCCUCAUGACCUACAGAUUUUCUGAUAUUUGGCGGUACUUUGAUCAUGGGCUGUAUCGCUUUAUGCUCAAACACAUUUACAUCCCUUGGGUUGGAUUUGAACCAAGUUUAGUAAGACAACUACAAGGAACAGCACUUGUCUUUACAUUCGUAUAUGUUUGGCAUGGUGUGUCUACUCAGGUGUUCUGGUGGGCAACAAUUAACUUCUUUGGAGUUGUUGCUGAGAAAUUAGGAGACUCCAUUUCUCGGAUGCCUACUUAUGAAGCAUGGGAGAGUCGAUGGUUUCCUGGUUCGUGGCAGCGAAGGAUUCUGGGACUACUGGCUGUGUGCCUUUAUGUGCCGUCUCUCACCGCUCUCGUCAUAUUCCUCUCCAAUCUUGAUAAUGCCUUAGUCAUAGGAAAUAGAAUAUUUAUCUCAGGAUUUCCUCAGUGUACUCUGAGCACCUUCUUCUUCAUGUUCUGCCUGGGUCAGUGUAGUAUGGAGCUGCAGAAUUGGAAGAUACGACAAAAAUUGGAGUUAAAACAGUCGUAACAUAUAUAAAACUAUGCAUUUAGUCAGAAUAAUUGUUAGUGUUACUGAGUAUCAGGACUUUUAUAGAUUGAUUUUACAGUAUUGUCAGGCUUUUCUGAUGGUGUGCUUAGUAAAUGGCAGUAUUUAUUUCUUGGACGGCACUUCUUUUUGUGCACUUAUCUUAAUUUUGUUUUAAUUUGUCACGCAUAACUAGACCAUAAUUAUCAUACCUGUAUACCAUUUCUUAAGAUGAGUUAGGGUGUAUAGGAAAACAAUUCGUGUUGAAUCAUCAAGGGUGAAAUACCAAAUUGAGAGUAGAUUUUACUGGAGAUAAUGUUUUACCUGUAGAGGUAUAAUUUGAUCUAACAGACACAUGGUUAGUGGCAUAAUGGGAAAAGGUGGUGGGAUGAGGUUAGAGAGGAAAAUUAUCAAGGGUGAGGUGAAGGUGGGGUGAGGUCUGGAAAGUUCAGGUAUAGUGAGGAAAGUGAAGAAUUAUUUUAGCCACAAUAUAUAUCUGAAAUAUUCCUGUAACAUGGGGUUGCAUUGCUGUAUUAAAUGAAAAUAUCACCCCCCCCCCCCCUGACCUCACCCCAUUUCACCUUCAUGGUGUUGCCUAUACAGGUAUUCACUUUUGACCUCACUCUAUCUCCCUGACUCGCCUUACCUUCUCUUGCCUAACUUCGCCCCAUUUCCACCUUCACUUCCUUAACCUCCCUGAUCUCGCCCUUAAGUAUACAAUUAAUAUCGCUUUUCUCUUUAAAAAAAACAUACAUGUAUAUUAUUAUAAGAACAUGAGAAAUCCUGUCUACAAUUAA